AUGUUCAGUGUGGAUAAGACACUUUCAACUAUACUACCUGAUCCUUCAUCCACGAAGACAACAACUUCAGAGCCCUCACCAACAGGCUGUCCUGUGUGCACAAUGAUUUGGACAUCAGAAAGCUGUGCUACCACAGAGAGCCAACAGCUGAGCCAAGGCAAUCCAAGAAGCCCUUCUCCAUGGCAACCUAGUACCCAGCCUGGGACAGUGUACUGUGAGCAUUCAAGUAGAGGCCAAAAGAGGAAACGCCAGGCAGAGGGUCCACAGGAUGUGCAGUCUUCAGAGCCAACCCAACCUCUAAAAAGACUGAAACGGGAGCAGUGUGAACGAGAGCUUGGGUGUGAAGAGGUAGCCAAGGGUCAGAGAAGAAAACCCCAAGAAGAGACUGGAUUACAGCUAAAGCCCACAGAGUGUAUCAAAGUCUCUGGAGAAGUGGCUUUCAGUGAGACAAAGUCUGUGGAUGUGGGCAAAGGUCCCUAUCUUCCUUACAGCACCAUUGAAGAAAUUGAACAGAAUCACCACAAUGGAAUGAUGGCAAGCUUCUUGGUCUACCUUCAACCCAGUGGCUCAGGGAGCUCUGAUUCUCCUGGUUCUCACUGGAUUCUACUGGAUGCCUUAGAGAAGCUGAAUGGCUGUGUGGAUGGAGAGAUCCAUGCUUCUGCAACACCUCAAAUCUCCACAGAAAGAGGCAGCAACAGCAUUCUCCCCAAUCAAAUGCCAAUAACCACGGUCAAAGCAAAAGCUCCUACAUAUGCCGACAGGAGCACAGGGCUGGACCGAGGCCCUCUGAUCACAGCAGACAUGCAAAAGGAAAUCAGUAGUGCUCUAGGCCCAGGGCCAAAAGACGAGAUCUUGUGUCGUGCCUUCAAGAUGGCAAUUACUCGAGAAGACAUGCGCACUCUGAGGGACACCGAGUGGCUCAAUGACACAGUCAUCAAUUUUUACAUGAAUCUUCUCAUGGCCAGAAACCAAACUCAAGGAUACCCUGCACUUUUCGCCUUUAAUACCUUCUUUUACACCAAGUUACAGAGUGGGGGCUACAAGUCAGUCAAAAGAUGGACCAAGGCAGUAGACCUCUUUGCAAAGGAACUGAUCCUGGUGCCGGUAAACCUGAAUAUGCACUGGAGCCUUGUGGUGACCUACAUGAGAGAGAAGACGAUUGUCUACCUGGAUUCGAUGGGACACAAGAGACCAGAGGUCCUUCAGCUGAUUUUCCACUAUCUGCAGGAGGAGAGCAAAGCUAGAAAGAAUGUGGAUCUGAACCCUCUGGACUGGAAGCAGCACAGCAUGCCAGCAGAGGAGAUUCCUCAGCAGGAGACUAACAGUGACUGUGGCAUGUUUACCUGUAAAUAUGCAGAUUACAUCUCUAGAGGCCAACCCAUCACCUUCUCUCAGCAGCACAUGCCUCUGUUUAGGAAGAAGAUGGUGUGGGAACUCCUGCACCAGUGCUUACUGGAGCCCUACCCCCAGGGCUGCUGAGGCAGCUCUGGAGCCUUUUGUGGAUGGAGCAGAGGGAUUUCAAGCAGUGUGGGCUGAAGAGCCUGGAAACAGGUUCUGGUCUGUCAAAAGUGGGAGAUGUUCCACAUCUUUCUAUGGAUUGUUAGCCUGGGACAAGGAAGAGCUGCCUCUGAAGCCAUCUAUGACUUAGAUGUGCCCACCACCAAUUAGAAACUAUUCAACCCGCACUGCACAGACUCACAAGCAUACUGCUUUAAGGACUGUCUUUGGGUUGUACCUUUGAGUACACUGGGGUCUUCAGUCGGUUUUCCCCCCAGUUUUGCUGUUCCUGCUCCUAAGUUUCAGUUAAUUGGAAGUGGAUGUUUUCAGAGGUUUUUAGAGUUUAAACCUCACUGUUUUACAGCAUUGUACUUGUACAAUGGGGCUCUGGGGUCUACACUCCCAGCCCAUUAAGGGCUAUUGAUAAAAGUGGCAUAGAUCUUUCAAGAACUUUAUAUGCCUUUGAACUAAGGGCAUAUAUAUCAUUUUGGAAGUUGUGUGAAGUGAUUUUAUAGCUAAAUGUGCCUUUUAGUCUUAGAAAUUUUGAGUAUAAGUCUCACCCUUGUGGGUGAUGUACAUAAAAUCCUAUACCCUAAAUAUUCAACUUUAAGAUAUUUUUCUAAACGUUUUCCUUAUAUAUUGUGAGCUGAA